GAGUCUCAAACUCAAACUCGGAGUCUCCCCAAACUGGGCUCAACUUUGCACUCCUCCUGCCUCAGCAUCCCGGAAGACUGAGAUUUCAGAGAUAAACAUCAUUGUCACAGGGUGGAGAGGCUCACUCCUUGCUGGCUGCGUGGUGGAAGAGGCCCCUCUGGCUCCCCAGGCUCUGGGCGCAGGGAGGGCAGCUGCUCAGCAUGAUCCUCCUGGCUGUGCUCUUCCUCUGCUUCAUCUCCUCAUACUCAGCUUCUGUUAAAGGUCACACAACUGGCCUUUCACUAAAUAAUGACCGGAUAUAUAAGCUCGCAUACUCCACUGAAGUUUUGCUUGAUGAGGGCAAAGGAAAACCCCAAGGAAGCGUGGGCUACCGGAUUUCAUCCAGCGUGGAUGCUGUCUUGCUGUGGAGGAACCCUGAUGGCGAUGAUGACCAGCUGAUUCAAAUCAAGAUGACGGAUGUAAAAGUUGAAGAUGUGAAUCAACAGAGAGGAGAGAAGAGCAUCUUCAAAGGAAAAACUCCUCCUAAACUCAUUGGAAAGCAAAACUUGGAGGCUCUGCAAAGACCCAUGCUCCUUCAUCUAAUCCGUGGAAAGGUCAAAGAGUUCUACUCAUAUCAAAAUGAGCCAGUGGCCAUAGAAAAUCUGAAGAGAGGCCUGGCCAGCCUGUUUCAGAUGCAGUUAAGCUCUGGAACCACCAGUGAGGUAGAUGUCUCUGGUAAUUGUAAAGUGACCUACCAGGCCCAGCAGGAUAAAGUGGUCAAAGUUAAGUCCUUAGAUUCAUGCAAAAUAGAGAGGUCUGGAUUUACAACCCAAAAUCAGGUUUUAGGUGUCAGUUCGAAAGCUACAUCUGUUACUACCUAUAAGAUAGAAGACAGCUUCGUGCUAGAUGUGGCUGCAGAAGAAAUCCACUUUUUUGGGCUGAAUUUCCUAAACUCCAUAAAAGGAAGAAUAGUAUCAAAGCAGAAAUUAGAGCUGAAGACGACUGAAGCAGGCCCCAGACUGAUCCCUGGCAAGCAGGUUGCCACCAUAAUUAAAUCGGUUGAUCCGAAGUACACAGCCAUUCCCAUUGUGGGGCAGGUCUUCCAGAGCACAUGUAAAGAAUGCCCUUCUCUCUCGGAGCACUGGCAGGCAAUCAGGAAACACCUGCAGCCAGACAACCUCUCCAAGGCCGAGGCUGUCAGGAGCUUCCUGGCCUUCGUGCAGCACCUGAGGACUGCAAAGAGAGAAGACAUCCUGCAACUCCUGAAAACUGCGAGUCAAGAUGUCCUCCCGCAGCUCGUGGAUGCCGUCACCUCUGCUCAGACCCCAGCCUCACUAGAAGCCAUUUUGGACUUUUUGGACUUCAAAAGUGACAGCGGCAUCAUCCUUCAGGAGAGGUUUCUCUAUGCCUGCGGAUUUGCCUCCCAUCCUGACGAGGAACUCCUGAGAGCCCUCACCGGGAAGUUCAAAGGUUCUUUCGGGAGCAACGACAUCAGAGAGACUGUUAUGAUUAUAAUCGGCGCCCUUGUCAGGAAGUUGUGUCAGAAUGAAGGCUGCAAACUCAAAGCAGUAGUUGAAGCCAAGAAAUUAAUCCUGGGAGGACUUGAAAAGCCAGUGAAGAAAGAAGACACUAAGAUGUAUCUGCUGGCCUUGAAGAACGCCCUACUCCCAGAAGGCAUCCCAUUCCUGCUGAAGUAUGCAGAGGCUGGAGAAGGGCCCAUCAGCCACCUGGCCACCACCACUCUCCAGAGAUAUGAUGUCCUCUUCAUCACCGAUGAGGUAAAGAAGACCUUGAACAGGAUAUAUCAUCAGAACCAUAAAGUUCAUGAAAAGACUGUGCGCACUACAGCAGCUGCUGUCAUUUUAAAGAACAAUCCAUCCUACAUGGAGGUAAAAAACAUCCUGCUUUCUAUUGGGGAGCUUCCCAAAGAAAUGAAUAAAUACAUGCUCGCCAUGAUUCAAGACAUCCUGCGUUUUGAAAUGCCUGCAAGCAAAAUGGUUCGCCGAGUUCUCAAGGAAAUGCUCGUUCACAAUUAUGACCGAUUCUCCAAGAGUGGAUCCUCUUCUGCCUUUACUGGCUACAUAGACCGUAGCCCCCACUCGGCAUCCACUUACAGCCUUGACAUCCUGUACUCUGGUUCUGGCAUUCUAAGGAGGAGUAACCUGAACGUCUUUCAGUACAUGGGGAAGGCUGAUCUCCAUGGUAGCCAGGUAGUCAUCGAAGCCCAAGGGCUGGAAGCCUUGAUUGCAGCCACUCCCGAUGAGGGUGAGGAGAACCUGGACUCCUAUGCUGGCCUGUCUGCCAUCCUCUUUGACAUUCAGCUCAGACCUGUCACGUUCUUCAAUGGAUACAGUGAUUUGAUGUCUAAAAUGCUGUCUGCAUCUAGUGAUCCUGUCAGUGUGGUGAAAGGACUUAUUCUGCUAAUAGACCAUUCUCAGGACCUUCAGUUGCAAUCAGGACUAAAGGCCAACAUAGAAGUCCAGGGCGGUCUAGCUAUUGACAUUUCAGGCUCGAUGGAGUUUAGUCUGUGGUAUCGUGAGUCUAAAACCCGAGUAAAAAAUCGGGUGGCUGUGGUGGUGACUGGAGAUGUCACGGUGGACUCCUCUUUCGUGAAGGCUGGCCUGGAAGCCAGGGCAGAGUCAGAGGCGGGCCUGGAGUUCGUCUCCACAGUGCAGUUCUCCCAGUACCCCUUCUUGGUCUGCAUGCAAAUGGACAAGGCUGACGCUCCGCUCAGGCAAUUUGAGACAAAGUACGAGAGACUAUCCACGGGCAGAGGCUAUGUGUCUCGGAAGCGAAGAGAAGGCCUCCUGGCUGGCUGUGAGUUGCCGCUGCACCAGGAGAACUCCGACAUGUGCAACAUGGUGUUUGCCCCGCAGCCCGAGAGCACCUCCAGUGGAUGGUUUUAAAAGCUGACCAGUGACAUUUCACUCGAAGUUUCCCCCAAAAGGGACGAGAUGUGAUGUGCCUAAGUACUUGCUCUCUGAGAGCACGGUGUUUACAUGUUUACCCAUAUUUAAGAGUUUUGUAAAAAGCUAAGAAAAGCUUCAGUUGAUUAGACCUGGGCCCGCUCGGCUCACAGCCAGUGUCCCUUCGAGUCAUCUCAUGACACUUCCUUCAUGUGACACGGCAGCCUUAGUUUCCCCGUGCUUUCUCAGCUCCCCUGACCACAGUGAAAAUAGUGCUGCUCUAAGAAGAAACCAGUGCUCGCUGACAAACAAACCAAAAACAAAGCCGCCCACGCAGAAGAGUCUGAUUUUGUUUGAAUAACUUUCAGUGUAUAGAAAGCCUUUGACAGAACCUUAAGUAUGGCUUAAUUUCUAAAAAACAUUGCCUAAUCAGGGGGAGAAAAGGCUAUGUUUUCUUUUCUUCUUUUUCUUGGGGGCAGUGGGUGCAGGGAGAGGGUGGGUAUAAGCCUUUUAAAAGGAUUUCAUUAGCCAACCUCAAGAAUUAGUAUUUAUGCUUCUGUUAUUGGUUUUGUCAAGCACUAAGGAGGAGGCACACAGAACAGGCCAUGCAGUGAAGCCUUGGGCCCCACCAGGAACACUAGUAUUGGCACAUGGGGUGAGAAUGCUGGCUCCAGAACCACUGUCUGCUCCUCCUUAUGCUGAAUCUUUUAGACUCCAGUGUGGCCGCUGGCCUUAUAGGGCACACCCAUGUGUGCUUCAUGGCAUGAUAGCCAGUGCUUUUACAAACUGGUGAAUUUGGAUUUUAAAAAUAUGUAAUCAAACAAAGAGUCUCUUUAUUUGUAUGAAUUUAAAAAGUUGUGUUUGGAUAUUUUAAAAUAUUUAUUAAUGAAAUGGAUGUGUUCACUGUGAUAAAUCCCAAAACAAAUGACAGGUGCUCCUUUGCCCGUUAGACACACACGUGAUGUGGGAGUUUAGCCACCAUGAAUCCCUGCACGCUGAAAUGACAGGUGAUAAAAUAAAUGUGUGAAAAUUUUA